ACCGGCCGACCGGCUUGUAAGUGUUGUGCGGAACUUGUAAGCGCAGGGGAAAUAACUUGUAAAGAGUUUUAGCGUCAUUUAUAUAUAAGCUGUUUCUUUUUUUUAUGAAUUGUAGUUGUAUCUGUAAUAGAGCAGUUAAUUAAUUGUUUAGUGAAUAAUAAUUAUGAAAAAUUUAACAAUGUACUGACGUGAUGCAACCAAUAUAACCAUCGAAACCACUGAAGAAAGCUGCAGAAGCCUGUUGCUAUUUUGUAAAAUAAAAUUCUAAUACUUUUAUGGAAUGUGAUAUCCCCAAAAUAGUUUCAAAAUGACUGAAAAUGAGUCCAUGUAUGGGACAACAUUGUCUCAAGAAUCUGUCAAAGUUAUAGCAGAAAGCAUUGGUGUUGGUAAUUUUCCGGAUGAAGCUGCAAAAGAUCUUGCAGAAGAUGUGAGUUACAGAUUGAAAGAGAUCGUACAGGAUGCCGCAAAGUUUAUGAGACAUGGUAAACGUAAACGAAUGACUGCUUAUGAUAUUGAUCAUGCUCUAAAAGUCAGGAACAUUGAACCAACAUAUGGAUUUUAUUCCAAGGAUCAUAUACCAUUCCGUUUUGCAUCAGGUGGUGGUAGAGAAUUACAUUUUGUGGAAGAAAAAGAAAUCGAUCUUAAUGAGGUUGUAUCUACAACUGGUGGACAAACAUGGCCCAAAUUGCCUCUAGAAAUUACAUUAAGAUCUCAUUGGUUAUCCAUUGAUGGAGUACAACCUACUAUACCAGAAAACCCACCACCAGUAUCAAAAGAUGUCCAAAAACUUGAAAGUGUCGAUCCAACUAUCAAACUCUCUAACAAGAACCAGAAUAUUGGCAUUGGUAAACCAGGUGGUGGUGGCAAGAGUCAGAAACUACGGAAUGUGGAGACUGUACAUGUAAAACAGCUUGCAACGCAUGAGCUUAGCGUAGAACAACAGUUGUACUAUAAAGAAAUAACUGAGGCUUGCGUCGGAUCCGACGAAGCUCGCAGGGCUGAAGCUCUUCAGUCUCUUUCAGCAGAUCCAGGCCUGCACGAGAUGCUGGCACGUAUGUGCACCUUUAUUGCAGAAGGCGUGCGAGUUAAUGUGGUUCAAAAUCACCUUGCUUUACUUAUCUACCUCAUGCGAAUGGUCAAAGCUCUUCUUGAAAACCCAAGUCUUUACUUGGAGAAAUAUCUUCACGAGUUGAUACCAUCAGUUGCUACUUGCAUAGUUUCUCGACAAUUAUGCAUGAAGCCGGAAGUAGACAAUCACUGGGCGUUACGAGAUUUUGCUUCUCGACUGAUGUCACAAAUAUGUAAAAAUUUUAAUACUUCUACUAAUAAUGUGCAAACCAGAGUCACUCGUAUGUUUAGUCAAGCAUUAGCAAAGAACAAUCAGAUACCAUUAGCAUCCCUUUAUGGAGCAAUUGAAGGGCUUUGUGAAUUAGGUCCAGAAGUAAUCAAGUCCUUGGUUAUCCCUAAGAUCAAGUCCAUCUCUGAUCGUAUCGAAUUGUGUAUUGAGGGCCAGGGAUUGACUAAUAUGGAUAAAAAUGCGGCAGGACAUAUCAAGACUUUGCUUAUAAAAUCAGUUGCUCCAGUCUUGAAAACAAUACGAUCGCCACCAGAUUACGUAGAGGAUUAUAAACAGGAUUAUGGUUAUAUAGGUCCCGCAUUAUGUACAGCAGUUGCGAAAGCUCGUACGCAAUUAGCCGCUUUAACAACUACCGCCGCAACAACUACAGCAUUGACUACAAAUCAACAACAAAGUUUGAAUUGUACAGGGAAGACGCUUGUGCAAACAGUAGCCAGUUCAAGUCCAGGUCAGCAAACCGGUCGCACGAUUAUGCUCGGGACAAGCAGAACUGCUAGCGGAACUUCUACCACUGGUGGACAGAAGUUUGUCAUUUUACAAUCACGUUCGCAGACACCUACUGCUUCCAAUAUAAGUACUGGUGCGAUUCAACAGUCACAGCAGCAGCAACAACAACAGCAGCCGCAAACACAGCAACAACAACAGCAGCAACAGCAACAAGUUAAAUUGGCGCAAACAGCCAAUGUCAGCCAACAGAAAACUCAUAUACCGGGUUCUGCGCCGAAAUUGGUUGUAGUAUGUAUGCCUACUAGCAGCCAUACCAACACAACAGUGACACAAGCAAACCUUACAACGAAAACGCAAAGUGUUUUUGUUACGCAACAAAGUGUCGAAAGAUCACUUAGUCCGGAAGAAGAACAUCAAUUUCAAUAAAAAAUAAGACGAGAAUAAAGCUUCCAAAUACUUCCUUGUACAGUUAAUAUACAUAUUUGUUGAUUA